UGACCGGCGACCAAUAGGAAGCGUCUCCUCGAGAGCGGCUUGAUUGUUGUGUUGUUGCUGUCGCUGAUGUCCGUGUGUUGAGCGUAAGAUAACGCGUUGUUUUUGCGUUUUAGCGUCUUUAAAACCACCAGGAUGAGUCUGUCUAUAAGGGCCGAGCGCAGGAAGAGGAAGGAGCUCACGGAGGAUCAGAAACACGAAAUCAAAGAAGCCUUCGAGUUGUUCGACACCGACAAAGACAAAGAAAUCGACUACCACGAGCUGAAGGUGGCGAUGCGCGCGCUCGGCUUCGAGGUGAAGAAGGUGGACGUCCUGAAGAUCCUCAGGGACUACGACCGGGACGGGACCGGAAAGAUCUCCUUCCAGGACUUCAACGAAGUCGUGACGGACCGCAUCCUGGAGCGGGACCCCAGGGAGGAGAUCCUGAAGGCCUUCAGGCUGUUCGACGACGACGAGUCCGGGCGGAUCAGCCUGAGGAACCUGAGGCGGGUCGCCCGGGAGCUCGGGGAGGACGUCAGCGACGAGGAGCUGCGAGGGAUGAUCGACGAGUUCGACCACGACGGAGACGGAGAGAUAAACCAGGACGAGUUCCUGUCCAUCAUGACUGGAGACUCCUGACCUCUGACCCUCUGUGACUGGAGGGAAGCGAGGACCGCCGACUGACCUUCUGCCUCGGUCGGUGUCUCCUGGGGAUUCUGAGCGUUCCCUGGAGGAGGAGUCCAAGUUCAGUUAUCUGCUAUGUCAAUGUUUGAGUGUUCCAUUUUGUACAAAAAUAAACCAGGAAGUCUUUCCUUCACACUUUA